CUUCAUUUCUGCUUCUUAUGAUUAAUGACUGAUGCAUCUUUUUCUUCCGCAUCUCUAGGGUUUCGCCAUGUACACAUUUUAGUCUCCAUUAUCACUCAAACAAGCAUGAUUCCAUGGUUUAUUGGGUUUCUUGGGUUCUUCUUUCCAUUUCCAUGCUUGUAAGGGUAACUAAAGACUCCCGAGCAUGGACAACUCAGCGAUCGCCAGCCACCUGCUUCCCCGAUCUUCCUCAAUAACGCUCGACCUCGAUCCCUUGAUCAACGUCUGCCAUCACCGCCCCAACGACCUUAAGGCUCCACCGGUUGAUCCCAAUCCCCACAUCCUACAAAUCCCCGGCGCCUUUCCCAGCGAUGAAGACGAUGAUUCCUUCGCUUUGGGCGACAGGACCAAGCUGGAAUCCCAAUGGCAUCGCAUGAAGUGGACCGAUGAGAUGGUUCGUCUCCUAGUUGCCGUUGUCGCUUUCGUCAACGACGAAGGCACACCGGACCCGGUCGAGGCCGCCGCACGGCGGCGAUCCGUCCUUCAGAAGAAAGGCAAGUGGAAAACUGUUUCAAAGUUAAUGAUGGAGAAGGGCUGCUACGUGUCACCUCAGCAAUGUGAGGACAAGUUCAAUGAUCUCAAUAAAAGGUACAAGAGAUUGAAUGAGAUCCUUGGCCGAGGAACUACUUGCACGGUUGUGGAAAACCCGGCUUUGUUGGAAUCGAUGACGCAUGUUUCUUUUAAGAUGAAGGAGGAUGUGAGGAAGAUAUUGAAUUCGAAGCAUCUGUUUUACAGGGAGAUGUGCGCUUAUCACAACGGGCAGAGGAUACCGGAUUCACAAAUUUUUGGAUUGAGGAAUGAAAUUCUUACCAGUUCUGGCAUUUUGCAUGAAGUUAAUGAGGAUAGUGAGGAUGUAGAUGAUGAUGAAGGGAAGAGUGAUGACUAUGGGCAGUUGGGUGUUGACGAUUUCCUUGCUGAGAUUGAUUUAGUAUUUCAGGACAACAACAGGACAGCAUCGGAGAAGUUGGAUUGGUUCCAAAGACGGGCAUUGCAAAUUAAACAGGAGAGAUUGGCGAUUCUGGCCGAGGCUUUGGAGUUGGAGAAGAGGAACUUCAAGUGGCAGAGGUUUCGGAGCAAGAAGGAUCGGGAAAUGGAGAAGAUGAAACUGGAGAAUGAAAGGUCGAUGAAGGAGAAUGAAAGAAAGAUUCUGGAGUUGAGGCAAAAGGAACUGGAGUUUACUCCUUCGAGGUUGAAGGAGGUAAGGGAUGCUGCAGCUAAUAGAAUGGAUGUGGAACAUUGAUGCGAUCAUUUUGGAAAGAACCAUAAAGUUUUAUAAUUUUUUUCAAUGGUUAGUUGCAGCUUUAUUAGGUUACACGAGCAUAAAUAAUUGGAUUUGAGUGAUGAAUUGAGCUCUCCUUCAUUGUCGUAGAAGUUUAAUCUGUAUAUCUUAGAAUGUAAGUUAGGC